AUGACGUAUUUACAUAUUUUGUUGGCUCAUGAAAAGAAAGAAGAAUUGGAAGAGUGUUUUGAACUUGUAAAGGAGAUGAAGAAGAUUGGGAUUGCUCCUGAUCUUAGUACUUAUAACACUUUGAUUCGGUUAGCGUGUAAGUUGGGGGAGAUAGAUGAGAGUGUUCGAGCUUGGAAUGAAAUGGAAGUGAAUGGGCUUAGUCCAGGACUUGAUAGUUUCACUAUAAUGAUUCAUGGGUUUAUAAGUCAAAAUUGUUUGGUUGAAGCUUGUGGCUAUUUCAAAGAGAUGGUUGGAAGAGGACUUUUUUCUUCUCCUCAUUAUGGAACCCUGAAAGAGCUUCUGAAUCCUUUGUUGAGAGCGCAGAAGAUAGAAAUGGCAAAGGAUAUAUGGAGUUGUAUUUUGGGUAAAGGGUGUGAUCUUAAUGUACCUGCGUGGACUAUUUGGAUACAUGCUUUGUUUGUAAAUGGGCAUGUGAAGGAAGCUUGUUCGUACUGUUUAGAUAUGAUGGACGCUGGUGUCAUGCCACAACCAGACACCUUUGCGAAGCUUAUACGAGGUUUGAACAAACUGUACAACAGAGAGAUUGCUGCAGAGAUCACCCAGAAGGUUAGGAAAAUGGCUGAAGAUAGAGGGAUGACUUUCAAGAUGUAUAAGAGAAGGGGGGAGAGAGAUUUGAAAGAAAAGCUGAAGGCCAAAACUGAUGGUGAUGGAAGGAAAAGGAGGGCACGGAAACGUCAGUGGGGUCCUCGUCAAGGUCGACCCCAAGCUGGUGUUCUUUAA